GCCAGCUAAGUCUUUGCUAUUAGACGGGACAGCAUGGCUCUCAACAAGGCCGACCUGCUGGGACCGUGGAAGAUCACGGUGUAUGACCAGGAGAACUUCCAGGGCAAGCGGAGGGACUUCACCUCCUCCUGCCAGACCUUGGCGCAAUGCGGCAUGGACAACAUUCGCUCACUGAAGGUGGAAUGUGGAGCUUGGACAGGAUAUGAACACUCCAGCUUCUGUGGACAGCAAUUUGUGUUGGAGAGAGGAGAAUAUCCUCAUUGGGAGUCUUGGAGCGGCAGCAACGCCUACCACACUGAGAGGAUGGCGUCCUUCCGCCCCAUCUGCUGCGCUGACCGCAAGGAGUCCAAGAUAGUGGUGUAUGAGAAGGACAACUUGGUGGGACGGCAGUGGGAGAUAAGCGACGACUGCCCGUCUCUGCAGGCCAUGGGCUGGGGGACCAAUGAGAUCGGGUCCAUGAAGGUCCAGAGCGGCGCAUGGGUGUGCUACCAGUUCCCUGGUUACCGCGGUUACCAGUACGUCAUGGAGUGCGACCGGCAUGGCGGCGAGUACAAACAUUACAGGGAAUGGGGCUCCCACGCUCAGUCUUUUCAGGUGCAGUCGCUGCGUCGCAUCCAGCAGUGAGACAUCAUCCUCCCCUACAAGCAUUCUAGUACCGCUUACUUAAUGCUUCCCCUACAAGUAUUCUAGUACCCACUUACUUAAUGCUUCCCCUACAAGCAUUCUAGUACCACUUACUUAAUGCUUCCCCUUUAAGCAUUCCAGUACCUCCUUACUUAAUGCUUCCCCUAUAAGCAUUCCAGUACCCCUAACUUAAUGCUUCCCCUGCAAGAAUUCCAGUACCCCCUUACUUAAUGCUUCCUCUAUAAGAAUUCCAGUACCCACUUACUUAAUGCUUCCUCUAUAAGCAUUCCAGUACCCACUUACUUAAUGCUUCCCCUAUAAGCAUUUCAGUACCCCUUACUUAAUGCUUCCUCUAUAAGCAUUCCAGUACCCACUUGCUGAAUGCUUCCCCUAUAAGCAUUUCAGUACCCCCUUACUUAAUGCUUCCCCUACAAGUAUUCUAGUACCCCCUUACUUAAUGCUUCCCCUAUAAGCAUUCCAGUACCUCCUUACUUAAUGCUUCCUCUAUAAGCAUUCCAGUACCCACUUACUUAAUGCUUCCCCUUUAAGCAUUCUAGUACCCCACUUACUUAAUGCUUCCCCUAUAAGCAUUCUAGUGCCCCACGUACUUAAUGCUUCCCCUAUAAGCAUUCCAGUACCCCCUUACUUAAUGCUUCCCCUAUAAGCAUUCCAGUACCCCUUACUUAAUACAUCCUCUAUAAGCAUUCCAGUACCCACUUACUUAAUGCUUCCCCUAUAAGCAUUCUAGUACCCCCUUACUUAAUGCUUCCCCUUUAAGCAUUCUAGUAGCCCCUUACUUAAUGCUUCCCCUUUAAGCAUUCUAGUACCCCCUUACUUAAUGCUUCCCCUAUAAGCAUUCUAGUACCCCCUUACUUAAUGCUUCCCCUAUAAGCAUUCCAGUACCCCCUUACUUAAUGCUUCCCCUAUAAGCAUUCCAGUACCCCUAACUUAAUGCUUCCCCUUUAAGCAUUCCAGUACCCCCUUACUUAAUGCUUCCCCUAUAAGCAUUCUAGUACCCCCUUACUUAAUGCUUCCCCUAUAAGCAUUCUCGUACCCCCUUACUUAAUGCGUCCCCUGUAAGCAAUCCAGUACCCCCUUACUUAAUGCGUCCCCUGUAAGCAAUCCAGUACCCCCUUACUUAAUGCUUCCCCUAUAAGCAUUCCAGUACCCCCUUACUUAAUGCUUCCCCUAUAAGCAUUCUAGUCCCACUUACUUAAUGCUUCCCCUAUAAGCAUUCCAGUACCCCCUUACUUAAUGCUUCCCCUAUAAGCAUUCUAGUCCCACUUACUUAAUGCUACACCGAUAAGCAUUCCAGUACCCCCUUACUUAAUGCUUCCCCUAUAAGCAUUCUAGUCCCACUUACUUAAUGCUACCCCGAUAAGCAUUCCAGUACCCCCUUACUUAAUGCUUCCGCUAUAAGCAUUCCAGUACCCCCUUACUUAAUGCUACCCCGAUAAGCAUUCCAGUACCCCCUUACUUAAUGCUUCCCCUAUAAGCAUUCCAGUACCCCCUUACUUAAUGCUUCCCCUAUAAGCAUUCUAGUCCCACUUACUUAAUGCUACCCCGAUAAGCAUUCCAGUACCCCCUUACUUAAUGCUUCCCCUAUAAGCAUUCUAGUCCCACUUACUUAAUGCUACCCCGAUAAGCAUUCCAGUACCCCCUUACUUAAUGCUUCCGCUAUAAGCAUUCCAGUACCCCCUUACUUAAUGCUUCCCCGAUAAGCAUUCCAGUACCCCCUCACUUAAUGCUUCCCCUAUAAGCAUUUCAGUACCCCUUACUUAAUGCUUCCUCUAUAAGCAUUCCAGUACCCCCUUACUUAAUGCUUCCCCUAUAAGCAUUUCAGUACCCCUUACUUAAUGCUUCCUCUAUAAGCAUUCCAGUACCCCCUUACUUAAUGCUUCCGCUAUAAGCAUUCCAGUACCCCCUUACUUAAUGCUUCCCCUAUAAGCAUUCUAGUACCCCUUACUUAAUUCUUCCUCUAUAAGCAUUCCAGUACACACUGGUGUCUUCAGAUGUCUGUGAAGUUAAGAUGUCACCAAAAUGGACGAGUAUAAUAAAGAGUCUGAUGCUAACAGUUA